AUGGAGCAUCUGCUCACGCAGGAAACGGAAAUGACGCAACGUCAAAAGUCCACCUUGGAGAAAGUUGAACAAAUGAUACAGCGCAUCGUCAAAAAUGGCGGAUCGCCGUUAGUUAACUGCGGUCUGCUCAAUACAUACAGUUAUAAUCUGCUACCGGAGUUUAGCUCACAACUUAUGGAUUCCACAAUUAGAGAAACAGAGGAAACGAACGAUAGGCCUGUUCAGUUGCUCAAAGAGCAGUCUUCAAACGACUUGAAA